GCAAGUUCUGACAGAUUGCAUUUCGAAACUAAGCGGAGAUGGCAGAGCGGGGAAGGUUACUGUGACAGGUCGUGUAAGACGCAGCAGUCACAAAGGAAACCUGUGCAACCAGUAGACGUAAUCGUUCCAUUGCAUCACUAGAACCCAGUGGAUUAACCCUAAAUGUCUGUGUAGAUGGGGGAUUCCUGAUGGGAAAAGAAUACAAUCCAUUGAACAAGAAACUAUAAUGAAUCGGAGAACCAUGCUGAAAGGAUAUACGUCAUAAAAAAUAGCACGUCUGUUUUCUGGAUCCUUGUGCAGCAUAUCACAUCAGGUUCUAGGACAUAACCACUGCAGUCAAAUAUCUAAGUCUUUUGGUAAAGAAAUGUCACAAAUGGAUGCUUCAAACAAUUCUUUAGGUGAGCCAGAGCCACAGGCGAGCACAGAAGACAAGUCUUCUACAGAGGAGAAGACACUGGCGCACAACAAAGACAUGUCUUCUGGCGAGCCAGGGUCACAUGCUAGCACUACAAACAAAUGUCUGGAAGAGGAAAACUCACAAGAGGACACCACAGUCGAGGCAUUUGGAGAAGAUGAGCCACAUGUGAAUGCCACAGUCACAUCUUUGGGUGAGCCAGAAAAACUGAUGGGCAUCAUGGGUAAAUCUGGAGAGCAGGAGUCACAGAUAUAUACCACAGACAACUCUGGUGAUCUACAGUCUCAAGCAAGCACUCCAGACUUGUCUCCUGUAAAGGAAAAGUCACACUUGAGCAACAUGGAUAAGCCUUCUAUCAAGGAAGAUUCGCAUGUGAGCAACACAGAUGAGACCUCUGGUGAGGAUGUGCUACCAACAAGUACCACAGACAACUCUCGUGAUCUACAGUCUCAAGCAACCACACCAGACUUGUCUCCUGUAAAGGAAAAGUCACACUUGUGCAACAUGGAUAAGCCUUCUAUCAAGGAAGAUUCGCAUGUGAGCAACACAGAUGAGACCUCUGGUGAGGACGUGCUACCAACAAGUACCACAGACAACUCUCGUGAUCUACAGUCUCAAGCAACCACACCAGACUUGUCUCCUGUAAAGGAAAAGUCACACUUGUGCAACAUGGAUAAGCCUUCUAUCAAGGAAGAUUCGCAUGUGAGCAACACAGAUGAGACCUCUGGUGAGGAUGUGCUACCAACAAGUACCACAGACAACUCUCGUGAUCUACAGUCUCAAGCAACCACACCAGACUUGUCUCCUGUAAAGGAAAAGUCACACUUGUGCAACAUGGAUAAGCCUUCUAUCAAGGAAGAUUCGCAUGUGAGCAACACAGAUGAGACCUCUGGUGAGGAUGUGCUACCAACAAGUACCACAGACAACUCUCGUGAUCUACAGUCUCAAGCAAGCACUCCAGACUUGUCUUCUAGCAUGGAAAAUUCCCAUGUGAGCAACACAGCUGAGCUUUCUGGUGAGGAAAUGUCACAAAACAUUGUAAUGGACAAGCCUUUUGGAGAGGUAAAGCCACAGAUGAAUGCUGAAGACAAAUCUUUAAGUGUGCCAGAGUGCCAGAUAGGCACCACAGAAAAGUCUAGUGCGCAAGAGUUAUGUGCAAGCGUUACAGUCAUGUCUGCUGGUGCAGAGUUGCAGGAAAGCAAGUGUCUAAGCAAACAAGAGUCACAGAAAUGCACCACUGUAGAGCAAGAACCUGUAAAGUUUAACACGGAUGAGUUGAGGCAAAGACGGUUUGCCCAUAUUGAUCACCGUAGAUCACCAACUGGCAAACCAGAGUUUCAGAUGGAUGUCACAGACAAGUCUGAGCUGCAUUCACAAGAAAGAAAGUCUCAAGUGCAUGUCACAAGUAAAGAUUCCAUAGCAAGCAUUAAAUACAAGUCUGCUGGUGGGCCGGAGUCACUGGGAAGCAUUAUAGACACAGAGUCACAGAAAUACCCCACUGUUGAGCAAGCAUUUUUAAAGGAUAACCCAGAUGGAAUGAGGCAAAGACCUCUGGACACAAAUGAUGAGUCUCAAACAGGCAAACUCCCUACAAGAUAUCGUUGGCUGAUCGGUGGUGUUAUAGUUUUGACCCUGGCUGUGGCUUUAGUACAUACUCUCCUCUCCAUAAAAGCAAAACCUCCUGUCGACCAUGAGCCUGUGCUCAAAUAUUUUUUUAAAGAAUUUGCAAGUCUCAGGAAGGAUUUCCCAGGACAGUAUGAAGGUUUGUGGUUUAGAAGUGAAAAGCUACUGCAGAUGCACCUCAACAUGUCUGAUCCAAGCGCACCUUUGAUACUAAUGCUCACCGCAGCCCAGGAUGGAGAGCAGACUUUACGUUGUAUGAGCAAACGUCUAGCAAAUUCCUAUGCCAAAUCCCUCAGCGCCAGCUCAUUGAUGGUUAAUGGACCAUCUUUGUCCAAGUAUGAUAGUGCCACCGGCAAAAUGUACAUAGAUGAUCAGCUCAGUUCAGGAUUUCAGUCUAAUAGUCGGGCAGCAGUUUUGCACCGUUUGGAAAUGUUACCCUCCGGUUCCUUACUCAUCCUCUAUAAAUACUGCGAUCAUGAAAAUGCAGCCUUCAAAAAAGUGGCCCUAGUGCUCACGGUCCUCCUGAAUGAAGAGUCACUAGAGACGGAUCUUUCAUUGACAGACGUGGAAGAGAAAGUGAAGGACCUUCUUUGGGCACGGUUUGCGAGUUCAGAAGUCAGCGCACACAAUGAGAUGGACGUUGACAAACUGAGCGGCGUGUGGAGCCGCAUUUCUCACGUAGUUCUUCCAGUACUGCCUGUGGGGUCCAUAGAAAGCGGUAGCUGUCCUGGGAUUCGGGACUAAAGAUUUUAAAGGGGGUUUCCAAAGAUUCUGAUGUUGAUGAACUUCCCCGCUGAUCAACUGUUUGAGGAGGCUGCUGCACUCCGGUGAGCGCCAUUGGCCUUUUUGUACCUUACCAAGUGUAGCACCAUGCAUUGGAUAGCGGCUAUGCUUGGUAUUGCAGCUCGGCCCUGUUCACUUGGCCGUGUCUCCAAUGAACAUGACCUCACUGGCCUAAGAACGGUCUCUCCAAAGAGCUGAAUCUUGAGUAGGACCCUGCCAAUCCAGUGUUGAUGAACCAACCUGAGGAUAGGUCCUCAGUAUCAGAAUUUAGGACAACCCCCUUUAAUCUUUUAGCUUUAGAUAGCCCAAGCUUUAACACAAAAUUCACCCAAAUGUGCCUUCAAUAUAUCAGAAUAAUGUGUACCAGAUUGGAAUCAGAAAAUUGCGCAGUAUCUGAAAUUUUUCAUAAGGCGUCAAGAAUUUUUUAAACCACGAUAUCCAUUAGUAAAGAGGACGGCUCAGCUCUCCUGACAUAUGUUUUAGUAUAUAUGUGUAAUUCCCAUGAAAUGGCAUCUUUUCUUAGACUGCUGCAAUGUGUCAUUCAGUUCUCUGUUAUUCCUCUUGCAAAUCUAUGAAUAAAUUGACAGCUGGCCCUUACCAUACCGCUGGUCAUUGGGCCAUGUCCCUGUGCACGCUGACACUGUCCAGUCCCUGCUAGCCGUGUCAGACUUUAUAGAGGCACACCCCACUGGCAAAUUAAAUGGUAACACUCAGUUGUCAAUUUACCCAUACGCUUCCAGGAGGAAUAACCUAGUAGAGAUCUGGGAUCAGAAGGACCAGAAUUGUUUUAAUGCAACUUUAUUUUAGUAUUUGCUAAAAUAGAUAUGUGAGAAGAGAGCACUGGUCCUCUUUAAUUAUCAUGUGGUAAGACUCCGAUGUAGAAAAAUUAUGUACAUUCAAUUUUAUAUUUUUAAUGAAUUUCUAGAACGACAAUUUUGAUGCUCCUUUUAGGAACAGUGGUGGGGUGGGGGAGGCUAGUGGCUAUUGGAACCUCCACUAUUGGUGUGCAUUCAGACGACGAUGGCAUCCUUGUUUCAUUUAGGAUCUUAAAGGGGUUUUCCAGAUUUUUAAUAUGGAUGACCUAUCCACAGGAUAGGUCAUCAAUAUCAGAUUGGUGGGGGUCCAACAUCUGGCACCCUCCCCGUUCAGCUGUUUGAGGAGGCUGCACACUCUAGUGAACGUCAUGGCCUUCUCGCAGCUUGCCAAGCACAGCGCUGUUCAUUGGAUAGUGGUUGUGUUUGGUAUUGCAGCUCCGCCCUAUUCACUUGAAUGAGACUGAACUGCACCUAGGCCAUUUGACCAAGGAAAGUGACAUCACUAGCCUCUUUAAACAGCUGUCGGACCCCCACCCAUCUGAUAUUUUCAUGUAUCCUGAGGAUUGGCUAUCAAUAUCAAAAUUUCAGACAACCCCUUUAAGGUCACAUUGGCAGGGGAAGCUAUCUUCACAGUCAACUAGUCUCUCUAGGGGACCUGCUCAAAGAAGGAGGCUAUGGUUUGGGGGUACCCUCAGUAAGUGUUAUACAUUUAGGAAAUACACUUUUAGAUAUGUGUAAAAAAAAAUAAAAAAAAAUAAUCAUUCUUAAAAUAUUUAAAUGUCAUUUCCGACUUCUUUUGUAAAUUGAUGUAAUUUUAAAGUAAAGCUGACUUUUAAUUGUG